AUGCGGGAGGAGUUCUGUGCCAGGCGGGUGCCGCCACCGCUGCCAGUCCUGGUCUCUCCGGCGAGCGACCACAGCCUCCUCCUGCAGUGGGAUCCCCCCGGCUUCGCUGCAGCAGCCUAUGUCUUCGAGUGGGACCGGGCGUCUGAGAACCGGGGGCAGAACAGCAGCUGGCGCUAUGAGCUGGGGAACAUCAGCAGGGUGAUCCUGGCAGAGGCAAUUGAGCCGGGGUAUCUCUACAGCCUGACAAUCUUUGCCCUGAGCGACGGAGCCGUCCGGGCUGCAGGAGCUACAAGCGCUUACUCCAAGCAGAUCGCUCCAUUCCGUGCCCCAGCUCUGCAUCCCACCCGUGUCUGGCCAUCCCAGGUGGAGGUGCAAUGGGAGGAGGUCCCAUUGGAGGAGCAAGGUGGCUUCAUCCGGAACUACACCAUCUCCUACGAGGAGCAGGGAAAAGACACCCAGGCCGUGGUGGUGAACGGCUCCGUCCGUCGCUAUCUCAUCGCGGGUCUGGCUCCUGACUCCGUGGUGAGGGUGGGCAUCUCCGUCAGCAACGACGGGGGAAGCACCCAGGGCUCUGUCCUCUCCAUCAGAACCAGAAGCCUUGACGAUGGGAAGGUCGAACUGUUGUUGUCCUCCCUGUGCAUGGGGCUAGUCGUCCUGCUCAUCACGGCCGCUCUGGCCUGCGUCCUCAAGCACCCCCUAAUACAGGGCUGCCUGUGGCCGCAAGUCCCUGACCCUGCGAAAAGCCAGCUGGCCAGCUGGCUGCCACAGAAAAUGUGGCUGGACUUGGGGAACUUCCCAGCAGAGCAGAGCAGGAAGCAGAGAGCGGGGUAUCCCGACUUCCCGUUCUGGGGGGUCUCGGGAAUCAUCUGUGGCCAGCAGGAGGAGGAGAUGAUGUGCAAGUUCUUCCUGGAAAGCACUUGGGGAGCAGAAGCCUCUAGCACCGGAGAUAAAUACAGGCAGCCUCUCCAGACCAUCCUCCUCCGGGGAGACGUGACCACCCCAGACCAUUCCCAGGCAAGACGCCAAAGCACGGUGGAAUAUUCCACAGUGAUUGUCUGGGCAUAUCCCAGUGAUGCCCCUCCAAGUUCUACUGCUCCCUGGCCCCAACCUACCCCUCAGAGCCCAGAGAGCUCUGGUCCCAGCUGUGAGCCUGGCUGGAGGAUCUGCUUCCAAAACCCAACCUGUGAGCCCCUGAAUGGGUCAUGCUGGCGAUGCGGCCAACAGCCGGAUGGAGGGCCCGCUUCCUUCGGGGCAUUUCCGCUCCUGAGGACCCUGGUGGUGGAGGGAUCUGGAGACCUCCAGCCUAAUGGAGAUCACCCUGCGGGCGCGCUCAGCCCAAUGAUGCCCUAUCGGCCUCUGGAGAGAGACCUCCGCUCCUGGGGCAUGCGUCCGAAUGAGGGAGGGCAAUAAGACCGUCUCGGUGGAGUCUCACCCCACCAGGCAGAGGGGCGGGACGUCAAGCAGAGCCCAGCUCCCCUGGGGGUGGGAGUGAGAGCCCUGCUGGUAAAAACAGGGCCUUGAUACCGGGGCGGGCUGAAAACGGGGCUGGAAGGAGCCAGGUUGGCCUGGAUCUCCAUGCAAUAGUCACAGGCGCAGAGAGGCCUUCCUCUUCCCCUGCCUCUGCCACCUUUUCCUCAUGCUUAGCCAGCCUGGGCCAAUCUUGUCCCGCUAGU